CCCCUUGGAUUUUUUGGAAAUAAUUUUCCUGCUAUUAUUUUUAUGAAUAUUAUCCUUCUAUUAUUGGUAAUGUCUAUGGAUAAUUAAUGGCACUUGAUGGCUGGAAUGAAUUUGACAAUUUCAAUUAGGUCAGGUUAGCGUUAAAGUCUAAGUUUAAAUAGGAAAACAUUCAAGUCAAUCGGGACAAUACAAAUUUUGUAAAAUGGCUAACCGUGUGUACAAGUUAAGUUGUAUUUUAUACGGCCAUAAAUCGGAUGUCCGGAGUGUUUGUACAUCAGCGACUGGUUGCAUCGUUUCUGGUUCUAGAGACAAAUCUGCAAAAUUUUGGACUCCUAAUGAGGCCUCGGGGGGCUACAGCGAGUCUCAGACGCUCGUCGGCCACACCAACUACGUGUCCUCCGUAUGCUGGCUGCCCAUGAGCCAGCAGCAUCCCGAGGGGCUGGUCCUCACGGGCAGCAAUGACUGCACGAUACGGGCCUACGUCCCAGACAAGCCGGAGGCUGUGUUUGUCCUGAAAGGACACUCUGGCACCGUGUGUUGCCUGUCGCGUGGGGUGGAGGCGGGCACAUUCGCCAGUGCAUCGUGGGACAUGACGGCACGCCUGUGGAAGAGCGACGGGGGGCAGGACCCCCUGGCGGUGCUGGCUGAGCACCAGGCAGCCAUCUGGGCUGUAGUCCAGCUGGAGGAUAGCCGGACUAUCGUCACCGGCUCCGCGGACAAGAGCAUAAAAGUGUGGAAGCACACGGGCAAGUGCUUACGCACACUUGCAGGCCACACAGACUGCGUGCGGGGCCUAGCCGCGGUCACGUCCAAGGAGUUUCUGUCUUGCGCCAACGAUGCGACAGUCCGCUACUGGAACGCGGAGACGGGCGAGUGCAUCACCACCAUAUACGGGCACACCAACUUCAUAUACAGCGUUGCUGUGAUCGGAGAGGAGUCGUUCGUGUCUUCAGGGGAGGACCGUACAGUGCGGGUGUGGGAGAGGACGGACUGCAUCCAGACCAUCAACCUGCCGGCGCAGAGCGUGUGGUCGGUGGCCGUGCUUCCCAACAAGGACAUAGUCGCUGGCUCCAGCGAUGGUGUACUCAGGGUCUUCAGUACGGACCCGACCCGCCAAGCUGAUGAGCUGCAGCAGAAAGCGUUCGCGGAGGAGGUAGCCAACUCGAGCGCCCAGGCCAGCAAGGAGCUGGGAGGCAUUAAGAUUAGUGACCUGCCCAGCGCGGACGUGCUGAGCGAGCCGGGCCGCCAGGACGGCCAGACCAAGCUGGUGCGCGAGGGCAGCAGCGUGCUGUGCUACAGCUGGAGCGCGCCCACGCGCCAGUGGACCAAGGUGGGGGACGUGUUGGGUGCCAGUGGCGGGACCAACGCCUCCUCCGGCAAGCAGCUCUACAAGGGCAAGGAGUACGACUACGUGUUCAGCGUGGACGUGGAGGAGGGCCAUCCGCCUCUGAAGCUGCCGUAUAACUGCAGCGAGGAUGCUUGGGUCGCUGCGCAGCGCUUUAUCCACGAGCACGGCCUCAGCCAGCUGUACUUGGACCAGGUCGCCAACUUCAUCACUACCAACAGCCGACGGGUCGAGCCCUCCGCUGCCGCGCCCGCCCAGUUCGCCGACCCCUUCACAGGUGGCAGCCGCUAUGUCCCUGGGGCUUCGUCGUCCGCCCAAACACCCGGGAAUGGUGGAGAAAGUACAGUGCCAUACUUUCCUCAGAAGACUUUCUUGCGUUUUGAUCAAGCAAAUCUCCAAGGCAUACUUGAGAAGCUGCAGGAGUUCAAUGCCAAGCUGGGCAGCGAGAUCUCCUCCGCGCAGUUGGCAGCCGUGGUGAAGCUGGCAGAGGUUGGCUCCGCAGUCGACGAGCCGUCACUGGAGCUGCUGAAGCGGAUGCUGGACUGGCCACAAGACGUGGUGUUUCCGGUGCUGGACGUGGCGCGGCUGGCGGUGCGCUGCGAGGGACCCAACGCGGCGCUGAGUGCAGGGCCGAGCGCGGAGCGGCUUGUUGCUGGCCUGGCAUGCUGGCUGCGGGCAGAUGCCCCUGCGGCAUGCCAUAUGCUGGCCCUGCGGCUACUCGCUAACCUGUUCUGCCACCGGCACGGCCAGGAGUUUGUGGUCGGCCAUGUGGACCAGCUGCUGGCUUCCGUGCGUGCCCUGCCCUCUCCGUGCAACAAGAACACACAGGUGGCGCUGGCCACCGUGCUACUGAACCUGAGUGUUGCCCUGGAGGGGGCGGGAAACGGGGAGGCGCCCCAGAAGGUGGCUGCGGUGCUGGCCGAGGUCCUGGAGUCUCUCGCCGAGCCGGAAGCACAGUUCCGUGCGGCCGUGGCGGUAGGCACACUGCUGUGGAAUGCCCCAUCCGGGGGCGAAGUGCAUGCUGCUGUCAUACAUGCCGUGCUGCCGUGCCAGCCACUGCUUGAGCGCUGGGCGUUCGACGGCCGCACCAAUGCCAAGGUAGCUCGCUGCGCGGAGCAACUCGUCGCGCUAAUCUCCCUCUAGCCAGUCGUUUUCCUUGCAACACCAUUCAUACUUGUACGCCCGCCUGUAAUAUUCUUACUUGAAUAAACUUAAUGCAGUCUUUCUUUCA